AUGGCUCAGAGUUCGGUAGAUUCAGAUAGACUGUCUUCAGCGGGAAUAUCAACUCAUAGUUCGGGAACUGCUGGAACAACUGGCGGUUCGGUAGUAGGAGUGAGAGUUGGGGAAUCUGGUCACAAAAGAGAAGAUGAAGAUGAUUACAACCUAGGACCUCUACCUCCUAUGUGGGAAAAAGCCUUUACACCAUCUGGAGAGAGAUAUUUCAUAGAUCACAACACUGGCACAUCACACUGGCUAGAUCCCAGACUGGCUCGAGUCCGGAAGCAUUCACUGGGCGAGUGCGGCGAAGACGAGCUCCCAUAUGGGUGGGAGAGGGUCACUGACGAGCGCUAUGGCUCCUAUUAUGUCGACCAUAUUAACAGGCGUACCCAAUAUGAGAACCCAGUUCUCCAGGCUAGAAGAUUAAGGGCCGAGAAAUUAGCCGCUGAGAAUGGGGCCAACAACCAACCCAACGGUCCACCUCUAACGGGGGAACUGCGCGGUGAGCGGUUCACGCUCACUCUAACGAAAGGCACUCAGGGUCUGGGCUUCACUUUAAUAGGAGCUGAAGGUAUACCGGAGACAGAGGGCUAUCUACAAAUACGUAGUAUUGUACCGCAUAGCCCGGCUUGGAUAGAUGGCGCCCUCCGGCCUGGUGACGUAGUGGUGGGAGUGGGAAACCGUGCUGUUAGGGGUCUAUCCCACGCACAAGUCGCCCAGAUCUUUCAGUCCAUCACUCCCGGCACAGAUGUCACAUUACAUCUUGUUAGAGGUUAUCCGCUCUCCUUCGACUCUGAAGACCCGAACACUCGUGUUCUAAGCACAUUGGCAGUUGACGCUACAACUCCGGCCACCUCUGAUGCUGUUGCCAUGCAACAACUCACCAGGGCUUUGAGGACGAGAUUCAACCUCGACUCUCCGAACAGUACCGAGCCGAUCGCCGGUCACGAUGAAACCGACAACUCCCCCAUCACCCCACAUAGUCCUGGACAAAGGAGACUUAUGUCCCGUUCCUUCGACCUGGAUGAACUGGGGACCACCAAUGAAACCAACACUGCCCCGCCUCGGUGCCCUUCCGCUGACCAUUUACUUACACUUGCCACUGACCACCAACACCGCAAUAACAAUGGUGCAAGUACCGAGCCAGGUAGAGAAUUAGUUCUCACUCUACGGAGAGGAGCGGCAGGGUUUGGCUUCACCAUUGCCGACAGUGUACAUGGACAGAAAGUUAAAAAAGUUCUGGACCGAAGUCGCUGCGCUGGAUUACGAGAAGGCGACCUGUUACUGCAGAUAGGCGAUACCGACGUCAGACAUGCACCUCACCAACAUGUCGUGCAAGUGUUAAAAGACUGCCCCGCACUGCACGAAACAACUCUACGUGUGUGGCGUCGCAACACUGUUACUCGUGCGCCGCGGAGCCGCUCUGCUACACGUUUGCAACCAACAACUUCUGCAUCAAACAACAACCAGUUGGGCAGAAGCAAAACGCCAACAGCCGAGCAACUUCGGUCCCCCGCGUUACACACACAGGACAACUUACGGGAUAGACUCAAUGGAAUGAACACAGAAGCCACAUACGCGGUACCGGAGCACAAAUCGCGCGAAACCAGGGAGAGCCUAAUGGAUCGUAGACGACGGAGCAGCACUCCCGGGGCUCGCUUGACACUCCCCGUGGUCCAACCCUGGACCGAACCUCAGAACAACCAGUGGCAGGAACAAGAGACAUGGAUCGACAACUCCAACAACAUACGAAACUGGGCGGAAAACGCUCAGAAGUGGGACGAAAAUGGACAAAAGUGGGACGAGAAUGCGCAGAAGUGGGAUGUGGGCCCUUCUAAUGGGAAUGGUUGGGAGGGAAAUGGGGAGAGAUGGGGAAACGGGAACUGGGGAGAAGUGCCGACGCCAACCGUCCAUGUCGAUAUGAACGCGGCGUACUGGCGGGGGAACGCUAGUGUUGCUGAUAGCAGUGAUAACGGAGGUUUUCCCGAGGACGGCAUGCUACAUUCGCCCACGACAGCGGCCAUCGGAGGCCUAUCUCGACAGUCCCCUUCUACCAGCAGGAUACGACCUCAUUCUCCUUCUAACUCCACUGGUCGCCUAAGAAGCCAUUCCCCGUCCAACAACAGUGCAACGGAGCGGCUCCUAACAAAUUCGCCGUUGACGCAUCUGCAGAGCCAAUCUCCAUCCAACAACUCUUCAAAUAGCAGAAUUAAGGGAUCUCCACUUAGGCUUCAUGAUAAUUCACCUUCUCAUCACAUGCACUCACCGGUGUCACGGAGGUCGCCAUCUUGCUACGAAGGUGACUCUUUGGCGCAACCCAACACCGUAUAUGUUGCAAAUUAUCCACAGGUGGAAGCAGGUGGAUCGAUCGAUCCCGAAGCGGAUGUGCUAGUUCGCUUGGCGAGGGGCAGCGCUGGCUUUGGUUUCCGCAUCGUUGGUGGAACUGAGGACGGCAGCCGAGUCGCCGUAGGAUAUGUCGUGCCUGGGGGGCCAGCCGAUGGUCUUUUGCGUCCUGGAGAUCUGCUCACUUCAGUGGACGGGAUACCGCUAGCCGGUGCGACUCACGCACGCGCUGUAGCUUACGUCUCGCAAGCCGCUUCUAGAGGACACGUGACAUUAGGCGUUAGGCACAACCGAGCUGACAUCCAGCCACUGGGGCUGCCUACAAUGGUGACACCACAUGCACAUCAGCCGUUACUUACAGCGGACCAAUCCGUGCACCACAUGCCGGCCGCCUCGUAUAACAUCCUGCAUCCUUCACCGAUGUACCCGCCCGCGCACAUGCCCAUGUAUGGUGUGCAAUACGACAACACGGCUGGUAGCUGGUCACCAGUGCCGUACGACGUAACGGUCACCAGGAACGAAGGCGAAGGCUUCGGUUUUGUCGUUAUAUCCUCUACGAAUAAAGCCACCAGCACUAUUGGUCAGCUGAUCCCCAACUCGCCGGCGGCGCGGUGCGGGCGGCUGCAGGUGGGCGACACGAUAGUGGCCAUCAACCAGCUGCCCGUGCGCAACCUGCCGCACCCCGAGGUGGUGGCGCUCAUCAAGCGCUCGGGCGCCGCCGUCACGCUCACCGUGCUGCCCGCGCCCCACCCCGCCCACCAGUCCCUCUCACACCCGCCACAACCGCACAACUGCUGA